AAUCAGGUGCUGUUUUCACUUUUGGAAAAAGCAGAUUUGCAGAAGACAUUCCUAGCAAGUUCUGGUUCAAAAAUGACAAGCCUGUACUUAUAUCGUGUGGAGAUGAACAUACCGCUAUUGUUACAGGGAAUGGUAAACUCUACAUGUUCGGCAGUAACAACUGGGGCCAAUUAGGACUAGGAUCAAAGAACACUGUCAGCAAACCAACAUGUGUUAAAGCUUUAAAAACAGAAAAAACAAAACUUGCUGUUUGUGGAAGAAACCACACUUUAGUUUACACAGAAAAAGGAAAUGUGUAUGCUGCUGGAGGUAACAGCGAAGGUCAGUUGGGAUUAGGUGACACAGAGGAAAGGACCGCAUUUCAUUUAAUUAGUUUUUUUACCAACCAGCACAAGAUCAAACAGCUGGCAGCUGGAUCAUACACCUCAGCAGCAGUAACUGAAGAUGGGCAGCUUUUUGUGUGGGGUGACAAUUCAGAAGGUCAGAUUGGCUUGGCUGAUGAAGCCUCUGUCAGUGUCCCUUGUCAAGUGGAUGUUGGAAAACCUGUUUCCUCUGUAUCCUGUGGAUAUUAUCACUCUGCCUUGAUAACAGGAGAUGGUGAGCUCUAUACCUUUGGAGAAGCUGAAAAUGGGAAACUGGGAUUAUUGCCUGAACAGCUGAAGAACAGUAGAGUCCCACAGCCUGUACUGGGAAUUAUGGAAAAGGUUAAUAAGGUCGCUUGUGGUGGAGAACACACCGUGGUGCUGACAGAGACAGAUGUAUAUACUUUUGGACUUGGACAAUAUGGGCAGCUGGGACAUGGUACUUUUAUUUUUGAAACCUCAGUACCGAAGUCUGUGAAACACUUGAAGAAGCAUAAAAUAUCUAACAUUACAUGUGGGGAAAAUCAUACUGCUGUAGUUGCAGAGAAUGGCCUUAUGUUUACUUUUGGAGAUGGGCGACAUGGCAAGUUAGGACUCGGAGAUGAGAAUUUUACAAAUCAGUUUGAUCCCACUCUGUGUUAUAAUUUCUUGAGUUUCACAGUCCUUUUGGUUGCUUGUGGUGGUUGUCACAUGCUGGUUUUUGCUGCUCCAAGACCUAAAGGAUCUGAAGAAAUACUCUUAGGAGAUUUAAAUGAGAGCCAUUUGACUGCUACUAUCUCUAAAAUGAGUGGAGAGUCACUACUAAUAAACACCUUACAACUAACAGCAGCACGAAUGCGACGUCGAGAGAGGGAAAAGUCACCAGAACAGCGUAUUCGAAUGGCACAAACUCUGCCUCCACUGGGAGAAAGCUUCUUAAAAUCUUCAUUGCCUGUAACUAGCAAUACUAGCCCAUUCUGUUCUUCUGCAACAAGUCUUCCCAAAUCCAAACCUAUGAAGGACAGAGACCAUGAAAAAGAAAAGAAGCAUCAGAAUGAUAAACCUGGUGACGGCUCUGCAGAUGAAGAUUCAGAUAAUGAAAAUAAUGCUGGACACCUUGGAGAUACAACUGACAUCCUAAAUAUGACACAUGUAAUGAAAUUGAAUCCCAGUGACCAGUCCUUAAAAUUAUCACCACUCCAAAAACAAAAG